AUGCCACUGUCCUUUCCCUUUGGGGGAAUGGAGAACCCCUGCCUGACCUUUGUCACUCCUUGUCUGCUGGCUGGGGACCACUCCCUGGCUGAUGUCAUCAUCCACGAGAUUGCUCAUAGCUGGUUUGGGAACGUAGUCACCAGUGCCAGCUAGGGUGAGUUUUGGUUCAACGAGGGUUUCACCAUGUAUGCCCAGAGGAGAAUUUCCACAACCCUGUUUGGUGCUGCUUAUACCUGCCUUGAAGCUGCAACUCGGCAGCACAUGGACCACACUGGGGAAGACCAUCCGUUAAGCAAGCUGCGACUGAAGAUAGAGCCAGGUUUGGAUCCUGAUGAUACCUACAAUGAAACACUGUAUGAGAAAGGCUUCUGCUUUGUCUCAUACUUGGCCCACUUGGUUGGAGACCAGAGCAAAUUUGAUGGGUUUUUAAGGGCCUCUAUGAAGGAAUUUAAACUCCAGAGCAUCUUGGCUGAUGACUUUUUGGAGUAUUUCUUGGAAUAUUUCCCAGAACUGAAGAAGAAGAGGGUGGACUCCAUUCCAGGCUUUGAGUUUGAUCACUGAUUGAACACUCCAGGGUGGCCCCCCUCCGUCCCCGACCUUUCUCCCGGGCAUUCGCUCAUGAAGCCAGCCAAUGACCUGGCCCAGCUGUGGGCUGCCCAGGGCCUGGAUUUGGAGGCCAUCAGCACCGUGGACACUUCCACCUGGAAGACCUACCAGCUGGCCUACUUUUUGGAUCAAAUCCUCCAGAAAUCUCCUCUUCCUGCAGGGACCAUGACAGAGCUGAAGAAGGCCUACCUCAAGAUCUCGGAUGCCAAGAAUGCAGAGCUGCGCUUGCACUGGGGCCAGAUAGUCCUCAAGAAUGACUACCAGGAGGACUUUGAGAAGGUGAAGGAUUUCCUGCACAACCAGGGGAAGCAGAAGUACCCCCUCCCUCUCUACAGGGCCAUGAUGUCAAGCAGCAGUGCAGCCCAAGCGCAGGCCAAGGCAACGUUUGCUGCCACCACUCCCCAGCUCCACUUCAGUGUGGUCAACUACGUCCAACAGAUCCUGAAGCCCCUAAAGAUUUAG